AUGGCGACCGCAACCUCCUCGCCGCCAUCACCGCCAUCGCUGCCGCGCCAACGGCUCCGAAUGUUAAUCAUCAAUCCCAACACGUCGACCUCCAUGACCGAGUCACUCGCUCCCCUGCUGGAUUCCCUCGCGUAUCCCUCCGACUCCAUCCAAUACACAUUCUUCACCUCACCCAACGGCACUACCGCCACAAGCACCACAGGCACACCAGAGGCCGUCAACCUAGAGGGAAUCCCAUCAAUCAACUCUCCUGCCGACGCAGCAGCGUCCGCAAAAGUCUGCCUUCCACACUUGACCCCUUUGAUCCCGCACCAUGACGCAUUCCUCAUCGCGUGCUACAGCCAACACCCGCUCGUCUCCCAGCUAAAGGCCGCGUGCGCAGGCACGACGCGCGCCGCGACCAAAGGCUCCAGCGGAUCCGGCGCCCGGAAAUACGUCACGGGGAUAUUCGAGGCCAGCGUCCUCGCGUGUCUGGCUCUCCUCGACAACGGCGACGGCGGCGGCAAUGGAAACGAAACAUUUGGAAUCGUCUCGACGGGCAAGAUCUGGGAGACGGUGCUCCAAGACGCGGUCGCGGCGUUUCUUGGAGCGGAGGCCUCACGGCGCUUUGCCGGUGUCGAGACCACGGGCCUCAACGCGACGGAUCUACACGAUCUCCCGGCAGACCAGGUCCGGGACAAGAUGAUGCAGGCUACUAAGCGCUUACUGCGCAGGGGUACUACCGCCGCCACCAGUGGUAGUGAUCCUGGGACCGGCGGGUCGGGAGACAGCGGCAGACCCAGACGCUCAUCGCCCGUCAAGGCCGUCUGUCUCGGCUGCGCAGGCAUGGCCGGCCUGGAUGAUGCGGUCAGGCAGGCUUGUGUCGAGGAGUUGGGCCAGGAGCUGGGGAAACAGGUCCACAUCGUCGAUGGCGUCAAGGCUGGUGUGGGUAUUUUGGUUGGGUUGGCCAGUGCGGGUUUUGGAUGA